GUUGAACCAUACUAGCCCAUCCAACCAGGCGGCCGACCACUCGUCAAAUCGAUGUAACCAAGUGCGGUCGUGUCGCUACAGGGCUCAUUGUAGUUCGCACGAAAGCCCUUAUCAGUGCCAAUUCAAAUGUAGUCCUUUUCGUGUCGCCCACGUCAAAGGCCACCUUCUGAACUUCGAGAGGAAAAAUCAAUGAAAACAUCAGUCGCGGUCUAGAUCAGUGGUCGACCGUCUCCCAACGCAGCUCACAGUUCCAUCCCGAUGGGUUGAGUACGCCGACAUAUCGUGUUUGUGGUCACACCACUGACGCUGGUUAAAAGGAAGUAUACUAGAAUCAGGUGUGGUAUUACACCAAAAUAUAAAUCGUGCUGAAGCCGAUUCCAAUGCCGACUCCGGGACCAGCCACCGGAGCGUCAUCAGUGUUACCGUGAAUACAUAUGUGAAACAUCGCAUCUUUGAUGCUCUCGUAUUUAUUGGAGAAAAUCAUCUACUCACACUGUCACUUCAUUGUUAUUAAAUUUCUCAAUAUCUUUUUUAUUUUAUAGUUAAUUUUUUCUAUUUAUAUAUAUAUAUAUUUUGAAUAAGCUGAAAAGAUGACUAAAAUACUAAAAGUAGUUGGCGCCUCCUGGCUUCAAACCAAGAUAAGCUCCUAUAUUCUUGGAAUACUUGGUGUCCUCGCUUUUUUGGCUCUCUUUGUUGGACAGAUUGAAAGAAUCCAAGAAGACGGAAAUUAUGCAGCUACAGUUUUUUAUUCAGAGAAAACUGGAUAUCGCAUCGAAUACUGGGGCCAAAGCAAUGAACUAGCUAAUAUACCGAAAGGAGUAGCUCGAGCACACUUUAGGAUGGAUGUUGAUACUACAGGGUGGUCUCUUUUGGAAGUGGAAACUGAUGGUUCGUAUCCAGACGAAGUGCAGGCAUACGCUGCUGGUAUCGUUGAGGGUGCACUUACUUGGUACCUAAUUCAUACUCACCUCGAGAACACAAUAAGAGAAAAAUGUGAAAACAAACCAUUAGAAAAGCAAUGCAAUAAGCUGAGAGACUCCCUGGAUAAGUCUGUAGACAGAUGGAAGACGUAUGCUGCAGAGCGCAGUAGCAUCGAUCCCUUUUGGCAUCAAGUAUCAUUAUACUACACUCAAAUUAGUGGAAUAUCCACUGGUUGGAAACAUGGAGUGGAGCGAAGUAUGUCCGAGUAUGAUACCGACAUAUCUGAUUUAUACUGGUUGAACUCUUUGACGGAAGUAAUAGAACUGCAACAAAAAUUAAACAUCUCCCUAGAAGACCCAAUGCUAACAACUUUACCUGACUUGUCCAGUGCGUUCGUGAGGAUCACCAACGAGACUUCUACCGAUGGCGUUCCAACUAAAAAACUUUAUUUGGCGCAGAACAUGGCUGGAAGCUACUCUUCUAUGACACGUAUCCUGAAGAGGUAUAAAUUAAACUAUCACCUAACAUCCAAGGACACUAAUGUUGUACCUGGCACCUCGGUAGAUUUCUCAGGAUAUCCCGGCUCUAUCACCAGUCAAGAUGAGUUCUACAUAAUUAAAGGCAAAGAACAUAGAAUAGCUGUUACUGGCACAUCAUUAAGAAAUUACAAUAGUAAACUAUGGAAAGAAGUUAACAUUACAGAACAAGUGCCAGCUGGCCCCCGUAUAUUUGCAGCCAACCAUCUCGCGGCCAACGUCAGCUCAUGGGGCCGAACUCUCGCAAGUAGCAACUCUGGUACCGCUUCCAAGCAAUGGCUUCUGGUAGAUUUUAAUAAGUUCAAUCAGCAGAAUGAGUUUGCAUUGCCAAAUAAAGUACACAUGCCAAGACAUUUUAGAAAUGAAUUCGUUUCUGAAAGUACUAUUACAAACGACAUCAAGCAUACCGUAUACAGGACAAAUAAUGGACAUGGGAAGGGAUUAUUAAUGUUAAUAGAACAAGUGCCCGGGCGUACGCAUUCCGCUGACUUAACUGAUAUCUUCCUGGAGCAAGGGUACUGGGCUAUCUAUGGAUUACCUUUCUUUAAGGAUGUAGCAGAACUGACGCAUAUUACCAAAAUGGAAGAGAAAUAUGGAAAUUUAUUUUCUGAAACGGAAUCACCGCGAGCCGUUAUGUUUAAAAAUGGAUACAAAAACGCCACAUCACUUGAAAGUAUUAUUAAAUUGAUGAGACAGAAUAAUGUGACUGCCAUUAAUCGAGCCAGCAACGAAACUGAAUCAUGUUCCUCUGGUUGGGAAUGUCUCAUCCAGGAGAAAGGUUACUGGUCUGUUUUAGGAGCUCGUGGUGAUAUGGUGCAGCGUUACAAGGAAGCUUAUGGUGUUAUAGACACAAAAGUUGUGAGCGGCGUAUUGAAUGAAACAGCAUUAGGAUUUGUCGCAAUAGCCGGACCACCCUACACACACGUAUCAAAAUUAAAUAACACUACUAUUAACAAAGGAAACAUAGCGCCAAUAUACACGCAUCAGUUUGACGACAAGCCAAGUAUUGACGGUCUCGAAAUCAGAGACCUGGUAAAGCAUCAACUAGAAGAAGCUGAACAAGAAACCUUAGAAAUUCUUAACAGAGACGUAAUAAAACCAUUCCAAUGGUCUGAGAGUGAUUUCAAAAAUAAAUCACAUACAGGUCUACCAGAUAAGUGGGAAUUUGGAAUUUUCCAGCCAAAAUGGUCUUGGUGAAUCUCCGUUCGCAUUAAAAAUACAAUAAUAAGUAACGAGUAUUAUUUUAAAUCUCUCAUAUUGUUAAUUCAAACAAAUUACAAUAUAUAAUAUACCUAGAUAGAAUGAACAAAUUCCCUAUACUUACCAUGGUCCCAGUAAAAAUAACAAUGCUUAAUAACUUACCCGUAAAUGAUAUAUUUACUUAGGUAUAUAUUUUUUUGAUCUAUGUUAGUCUCGUCUGUGUUCGUUUUCUGUGUUUUAUUUUUAAAUUAUAAUUUGUGACGGUCUAUUUUUUUAAAUACCUACGUCCCUAUUUAUAUUUAGGUUGUAAAUUGAAAUUAAACUGUAGCUGCUUAUACCUUAAGAUAUAUAGACUGUUCUUCGAUUUGUUUAAUGUUUUUUUUAAUCUUUUACUGUACCUACCUGAUUUUUAACUGCAAUCCAUUAUUUCUUUCAUUGAAGAUUUUUGUCUUCAAAACCGUCCAACUGUUGUAAUUAUUUUGAUUUUAUUGUGAAUCGAAAAGUAAGUAUGUAGGAAGGUACUUACCCGUAAUAAAAUAAAUCUAUUGGUAUUUUAACGUAUUGUUUAAUAAAAAUGAAGUGACUUAAUUAGAACAUAUUUUGAUUUUGCUCUCGAAAAUAAAAGUUUCAUAGUA